AGAUCUUUUAAAUCAGAUCUGCCUGAACUUUUUGUUUGAUUUGUCCUUGUUUGUUAGAACUUUGAGAAUCAGGUUUGGAUGGUCUUAUGUGGCAACUAAUUGAUUAGGUGAUCUUUACAGCCAUUAAUGUUUUUCAGCGUAAACACUACUGCUUAUUAUGAAUUAAGUAAGAUUAGAUUCAGUAAAACUAGGAGAGAGAAAUUGUUUUACAAAUAGAGACAUCAAUGAGCUAGUUGGAGUCGGUGUAACUGAAAAAAAUCCGAAAUGCCGGAAUGAUUGCAACAUGCACAUGCUCCAGGCAUUUACGGCUGGAAUUGUUUCAGAGACUCAUCCUGACUGGUUAAAGCUCCUGAUGAUACAGAAGUGUGCUCAUGGAUCUAAGCAUUGUGCAUGAUGAGCAUCUACCCUUCCCGGGUGAGACAACUACUGCUCACGACACCUCUGCACCUCCUGCCCUGCCAUCCCACAGCCCAAUCUUGAAGCAGGGUCUUGCGGCUGGCUUUAAGAGGGUAUGUCGAACAGAGGAGGAUAGCCCAUGCCCAUUCCCAGGGCUGCUCCCAGGAGUCUUGGAGAUGCGAGUGAAAGAAGGCAGCAAGAUCCGCAAUCUGAUGGGCUUCGCAAUGGCACGGAUGCAGUGCGAGGAAGGAAACAGCAAACAGGUCAGCCUGAGGCAGGUGGUGUUCACCGGUUCGGGCCGAGCAGUCACCAAAACCAUAACCUGUGUUGAGAUAAUGAAGAGGAAAGUGGGUGGACUCCACCAGCUCACUAAACUGCACUAUAAAGGUGUUCGGGAGGUGUGGGAGAGCCAAGAAGGAGGUGGUGCCAAAAUGACCGUCCACAGAACUGUGCCAUCUAUCAGUAUCCUUCUUUCCAAGGACCCUUUGAACCCCCUUGAGCCAGGAUAUCAGCCCCCUGAGAUGCAGAGUGCUCUCUGGGAGGACAAGCAAGAUAGUGAUGCAGUGUGUAGUGAUGCAGGAAAAAGGCAUUUUGACUACACUGGCAUACAGAGCGAAAUACAGUCAAAAAGAUUCUGUCCUCAAGGUGGAAUCUCGAUAAAUUAA